AAGUUGUAGUAUCCAUAGUAACAAGGUAAGGCGACGCGUAGCCGGGGCAGAUUAUUUCUUUAUAUGCAGCUGGAGCUAAACGUCUCAUCAGCUGUGGCCGAAGAGUCCGAUGUCCCGAAAAGCGCUGAAGGUGGUGGUGCAGUUCAACUGCAGAGCGGUUUCUUGUCCUGGUGUUCAUCUGCCAGCCAAGGAUGAUAUCUACCUGAGCAUGUGCUUCAUGGGCCAGUACCACCAGUCCGAAUGUCUCCCUGCCGUCUUUCCUCUGCUGUUUCAUGAGAAGAUGACCUUUGAGAAGAUUUUCAGGCAUGCAGUUGAUCCGGGAGACAUCGCUGUGAUGCUUGAGUAUGAGACGGUCAGAGUAGAACUGGUGCAGCUGGUUCCUCCAGGGGGGGACUCUCUGGCCUGCUUCGAAGAAGACGCUCGUCGUUUCUUAUUCCCAGAGCCCAAACUGGUUCCCUCUUUCUCUGGAGUGGAUCGAGAGGUUCUGAUGACCCGAGCUCCUCACUUUCCAGGCAUCUCUCCCAGGUUGGAGUUUUCCACCAAAACAUCCAUUGUUGAGUGCUCAGCUGAGGCAGAGAUCAACACUUACCCCAAGGUGCCCAUGAAACCAGUAAUAAAUAGGAACAGGAAACAAUCCAGCAGGCCAAGGAGAUCCUCACCUCAGAGGAAGCAACCUCAAAACCAUGGAAAGAGACGAGGUGGCAGGGUGUGCAGAGAGAGACAAAGCAGCACUAGGUCACCUUCUUACAUUUCCAGAUCCAAGUCACUAUCACCUCUUAGAGCUGGAAACGCCCAGCGUUUGGCCCGACUCAGCCUGGACUCUGCAACUCGUGGUUCUGCCGACCAGGACACGAAUGGCACCUCUCAUCCUCUGGUGGCUUCGUGGCCUGGAGCCAGUCGGUCUGCCUCGCCACAGCGUUCUGCAGUCUUUACAAGCUCCUCUUCACCUUUGACCAAGUCUUCAUCCACAGUGAGAUUUUCUCCAUCUGGCAGAAGACAGUCUUUAUCUGGUGGUUUGGUUGGGGGAAUAGAAGACGACUCCAGUUCUUCAGGAACACAAGACUCCCUUGACUACCACCAAGGCCCUGACCCUUCAACGCUGUGGCAGUCUUACAGAGAACAGGCCGUGCACAGCAGGUGCCAGUCCAGCACUCACAGAGAAUGGGAAGAGGUCCAGGAGCGUGUUCGGGGACUCCUAACAACACCAAAAGCUGUCCGCCGACUUAUCUAUGGGGCCACAGACUACGAGAUAGACCAGGUUUUAGCCAGCAGGUCCAUCUCUCCAGGACCCCCGGAAUGACAAGGCAAGGCUCUAAAAAGGGAACCGUGAUGCCAAGACUCUCCUGAUAUUUGUGUGUGUGCAAAAGAGAGGUAUUUCGCUGCAGUGGUUUGAUAAAAGUCGACACUCCCUUUAACGACUGGCAAAAUUAUUUGUUUUAAAAUAAACCUUUUAGAAUUGAA